UUCCCAGACCUUCCCAGACUCGAGUUCCCUUUCUUCAUCCCUUCAAAGCUUCAAGUGACCCUUGCGAGGAUCAAUGAUUUAAUGAAGCCGAUUUCUUGCAGUACCUUUUGGCUUGCCGCUUAUGGGCGUUUCUUUGUCUACCGCUCGGUGGUGUAUUUAAGAGCUGGGAUGGUUGGAUAUGGGUAUCGUUGUGUUUAACUGCUUUUCGAAAACCCCGCCCAACCACACUCACUCACUUACACACUCUCGGACUUGUCCAUCGAAAUGCAAUUCACACUCGUUACAUCUUUGCUCAUUGCCUGCAUGACCGUUCUCGUGGCUUCUUCGCCUAUACCGGUGCCCGUCGCAGUUGCGGAGGCCAUCCCUGAUGCGUCGGAAGAAGCUCGAGGCUGCAGCGUAUUUGGGUGCUUUUGAGACACGCGUGCUCGUCGUAACCAUGGACUCAAAAAAGUCCGUCGACACCAGUCAACCCAAAGACUACUUGUGCGCCUACUACAUCCCCUCACGGCGCCCAUUCCCCAUUCUCGCUCUCAAGCGCUAA